AUGGCUGUACAGUCGUCCACAUAUGGCUGGGGAGCUGCAAACGCCACAUUUUACACCUGGGGAGCUGCAAAGGCCAUCGACGGCAUCAGAUAUGCUCCAGGUGAAGCCUCAAGCUGCUCAGUCACAUCACACCAGCUCAACCCGUGGUGGAGGCUGGACCUGCUGGAUUCUUACUCCAUUUCCAGCGUGACCGUCACCAACAGAGGUGACUGCUGUCUGGAUCAAACGACUGGAGUAGAGAUCCGCAUCGGAAACUCUCUGGAAAACAAUGGCAACAACAAUCCCAGAUGUGGUGUCACUUCAUCUGUCCCAGUAGGCAGUUCUGUCAGUUUCUCUUGCGGGGGAAUGGAAGGUCGUUAUGUGAACAUGUACAUUCCUAACAUCCAGCAUCUCACGCUGUGUGAGGUGGAGGUUUAUGGAACAGUCUAG